CGACCACAUCACAACCAACACAUUCACCAUGAGCCACUUCGAGAACGUCGACGCCGUCGCCAACCCCCAGCAGGGCGAGUUCAAGCCCUCCGUCAAGCCGACCGGUCCUCUUGAAGAGGGUGGUGUAUGUUUUCUGUCACAUCCAGGAAUGAUGGAUGUACUAACAGCAUCCAGCACCAAAUAGGCAGAAAGGUCGCCCCCGCUGAUUUCGUCCCCGAAUUCCGCGCUGAGACGCAUCCCCCCGGCACGGCGCCCGCCAGCAGCUCCUACCAGCCUAACCCCGUCGGCGAAUCCGGUAGCCAGGCCCUGAACCCUAAUGUCGAGCGUGCUCAUGGCAAGGAGUCGGUGAAGACUUCCGCGGGUGAUACUUUGGGGGGCGCUACUUCACAGGACGUGCACACCGGGUUGGGCCAUCCCGGUUCGGGCCAGACGAGCAGCGAGCUUCGCCAUGACGGACAAUCUGGUCGCAAGGGCCAGAGCGCGGGUCUGGAGCAGGUCGGCGCUUCCGGGAGUGACAAGUUUGAGAGGCAAAUCCCGGGCCAGCGCGGGCUGGAACGCGACGAGGCUCAGGCUGGUCAGCGCGGAGACAAGGGCGCGUUGGCAGCUGAGGACAGGGACCCCGAGCCCGCCGAGACGGCGGCGGCGGAGUGGAAGUAUGAGCCUUCGACUAAGAGGGCAUAAGCGGAGCAUCACCGGGCUGGACCUUGGUUGGAUUCUGAACUGAAGAUGCUUAUGCUAUUUAACGAAUCAUUGUAUUAAUAAAACUGCGUCUAUCGGUAUGGGUAUCGUGUGUAUACAUAGCGAAUCAAAUUGCAAUGAAGAUGGCCGUGAUCGA